GCAUCGGCCGCGCGUGCUAAUCGUUGAACUCUACGCACCGCCGGUACAGCCAAUCAAUUUCUAUACAGCUGUUCUUAUCAACGGCCGCCCGUUUCUCAAACCGCGGCUCAUAUAUGCACACCGCGCGUCACAACAACAUUAAGUCGGCCGUGUGAAGCGUUAAACAGAGAUUGUUCGCGCGCGCCCCCCGACCGCGUGUGAUCACAGUGCUUAUUUAUUUAUUUGUUUGUUAUUGUUUCCAUUAUUUUUGUGCGCUCGAAAUUUAUUACGGUCAUUGUUUGUCGAUUGGAAUUCAAUACGGCCGAAAAUUGUUUUUAAACAUAAUUUAUUGUUUCGUAAACAAUUUGUUCGUUAGUGCUCAAAAAUAUGCAAUUUUUGACCGGCACGUCGCAGACAAGAGCCGGCGGCGGUAUGUUUGGCGGCGCCGAUCGCGCGGAGUUGUACGCGGCCACGGCGUCGGCGCCUGACCAUUACUUUUGUCAGCGAAUGUUGUACGCGAUGCAGUUCGAUUCGGUGGCCGCGGCCGGCGCCGGUAUGUGUUCGCCGUUGUUGCCUUCGUCGUCGUCGUCGUCUUCGUAUUCGUGGUCGUCGCCGCCACUGUUGCCGCCGUCUUCGGUGUCUUCGUCUUCCUCGCCAUCGGCACCAUCGCCUCCGUCGUCUCAGGCGUCUCCUUCGCCAUCGUCAAUUGGUCGGUUUCAGGAAGCGUCUGUUAACGGUUGCUCGGUAGCCGGAGACGUAAAAAUGAUGGACGCCUGUCCGUCGGCAUCUCCGACGCAGGCUGUCCACGACCAUCAACUUCACCAUGUCGUCGAAAACAGGAAACGACCACUUUCGGAUACUAUGGACAACGUAUCGAACGUUAAAAGAACUCACAGCUCGUCGGUCACGGGAAGUACAGAUGGAAUGUAUAACAUGAAAAUAUUAAUACCGUGUAUUACGGCGGGUGCUAUAAUAGGAAAGGGCGGUGAAACAAUAGCCCAACUACAAACAGAGACUAACACAAAAAUAAAAAUGUCCAAGACAAACGAUUUUUAUCCAGGUACGACUGAAAGAGUUUGCAUAAUAUCUGGAUCUUGUUCAGAACACAUCAUGGCUGCACUAACCUUUAUCAUAGAAAAGAUACGAGAAAAGCCAGAAGCGGCAAAUAGGGUCCAAAAUUCUGUAGAUACUAUUGCGGAUAGGGAGAAACAGGUAAAAAUUUUGAUACCCAACUCGACAGCGGGUAUGAUCAUAGGAAAAGCUGGGACUUACAUUAAACAGUUGAAAGAAGAAAGUGGCUGUUUUGUACAAAUAUCACAAAAAGCUAAGGACACGACGCUGCAAGAACGUUGUAUAACUGUUUCAGGUGACAUGGAGGGUAACAAAAAAGUAUGUCUUUGUAUUCUGAAUAAAAUUAUCGAGGAUCCUUUAAGUGGAUCUUGUCUAAACUUGAGUUAUGCUGAUGUGAACGGUCCUGUUGCCAAUUUUAAUCCCACGGGAUCUCCGUACGCAUUGACUCCCACAAAUUGUAAUAACAAUCAGACUAGUUACAGUUUAAAUCCCGCGCUGUCUCCCCAAGAAGUCAAUAAUGGAAUAUUUUCUAACAAAUUCCUAGAAAAUGUCAAACCUUUGCUCAGGACUAGUGGCUAUCCGGAACCGGCGGUCAACGAAAUAGCCUUGGCUUUUCUCACACUUGCCAAGCACAACGUGCUGAGCCCAAGCAGUAUAAUUGGACUGAUCAAUCAGACGAGCAUACUGCAGGCGCCGUCAAUGGCCGCCCACCACAACGGCACCGGACUUCUGAGCACUGUCACCAACGACUUGUUUGACUUGGGUCUAGCGGGUGGUGCCAUAUCUAUCAAUGCCCUACUGUCUCAGAGCGCGGCCAGUCCAUCGCUAUCCAGCGCCAAUUCGUACGGGUUGGGUGUGGCGGCGGCGGCGGCGGCGGCAGCUGCGGCUGCGACUCCCAAAUCCAUUGGCCACACGCCAGCUGCGGCCGCGGUAGUCGCAGCAGCCGCUCUGUUUGAGAUGGCCGACGACCAACAACAGUCAGUCAAGCGCGAACUGGAUGUGCCCGAAUCGAUCGUGGGUGCCAUCAUUGGUCCGGGCGGCCGGUCGCUGGUCGAAAUUCAACAGAUUAGUGGCGUUACCAUACACAUAUCCAAGAAAGGUGUGUACGCACCCGGCACUACAAACCGGAAAGUUACCAUAUGCGGUUCGGCCGGCGGUAUAGCAAUGGCUAACUAUCUGAUGCAGCAGAGGAUCGUCGAAGAGGAAACCAAACGGGCAAGGGCUUUCUGAUUUCUCAAUUAGUGUGUUCAAACGCCUCUCCCCUUUCAUUGUUUGUUAUAAUAGUAAUAUAAAUUGUAAUAAUAAUAACAAUAUUAUUACCACUCUAAGCACUCGAUUAGCAUCAAGACAUUUUCUGCUAUCAUCACAUUCAACCACUUUUGUUUUUAUUUUCUUAUGUUUUCUUUCAACUUAUGUUUAUUCCUCGCGAGACCAACAAAUUCAUUGUUGUGAUAACGAUCUGUUGAACAACUAAAAUGAGCUUCUGUCUAAUGCACGUUAUUGGGUAAUAACGAGUAAUUGUCUUACUACUGGUCAGUAGUAUAGAUAAUUACUAUGAUAGCUCUAAGCUUUUUUUUUUUUUUUUCAAAUGACGUAAAGUGUCCAACUCGGUUAAACCGAUAACGUUAGUAAUGCAUUGCGGUUACGAAAAAAAAAACAUCAUACUGUUCUAAUAAACGUUCAAAGUCAUUAGACGGGAUCGUUGUGCUAUUUCUAUUGGUAGCGAGACUUUUUUUCGUUGGGUUUUCGUCACGUGAUAGUUAAUUUCAUUUACAACUGGGAUUAAAGAACAUAAAAAAAAAAUAAUAAUAACUAACUAUUGACGGCAUCCAGCCAAAUGGGGUGUAUACAAAAAAUCAAUUACCGAAAUCCAACCAACCCAUUAUCAUUAUUUUUCAAAAUAACCGAAUAGUAAUUAAAUGUAAAUGAAUUGUCCACGCAUUUUCACGGGAAACCUUUUUUUAUCGUGUAGCUAAGGGAAAGCGAUUCAAUUUAACCGGAGACGUUCCAAGAGUUAUUCGCAAAACCGAAGGAUAAGUACAGUGUCGUUUUCCGAUGUACUGCUGCAAACAAUACAUUUGUUAUUUUUGCAUUUGUUUUAUUUUUCGAAUAGGGUAUUUUGGAAGGUCCCACGAUAAAUCGUUUCCGAUAACUGAGUAUCGGUAGAAGUGUUGCUCCACAAGGUAUGUGCAACAAUAAUGAAGUGUAUUUUAUACAGCGGCGGUAUGUGCGUGCGCGUUUUUCACUCUGGAGGAUAAACCACAAACUGACUACGGAAAUACUAAAAACGUUUCAAUAAAAAAUCAUAUACGGACAAUUUGUUCGCACAUUUACUCUACAACUCAAAACGGUCAUGUGAUAUUUCAUUACAGCUUUUAUAACUUAUUGAUCAGUUUAAUUAGCUUUCCUCAUGAUCGGUAAAGUAUUUCUUUAGUUGUUUUUUUUUUUUUAAUACUUGUCUUUGUUUUCCACAAACUAUUCACGGUCAUCUUAUCCCAAUAUUAUUGUUGUUGUUAUUAUUAUUAUUAUUUGUAAUUAAAUUUAUGUGAUAUAUUAUGAUGUAUAGUAGAUGUAAAAGUAUAUUGUAAAUUAUUUCGGUGUGUAAUUUUUUUAUUGGUGCUUUAUGAACGUAAAACAACCAGUAUAUAUUAUAAACAUUUAUAUAAACUACAUAUGCAAACGCAUAAGGUGAUAGGAUUUUUAAGCAAAUAUUGUGUUGUGUAUUUAGAAAAUUUCAUUAAACAUGACCAUAAAAUGUAAGCGUACACUUAAAGUUUUCUACAGUAUUCCUAAGAAUACAUACGGCUGCAAUCCGGUUACUGGAGUAAGUAGCAGGUAUUAUAUGAUAUAUACCUGUUAUAAUAAUAAAAUAUCAUAUAGCGACCGACAUAACCAUAAUAAUGUAAUAAAGAGCCUGUAAUGUAUUUCUACCCUUUUUUUCUGUUGCGAAACUAUAAGCUAGAAUAACGUUUCCCUUGUAUAAUUUUAAAGUGUUUUCAGAAAUAUUUUAACUCCGUCCUUAAAAAAAAAAAAAAGUCAAACUCUAUUAUGCAACGUAUAUACGUUU